UUGAUACAGAUUGCACAAGUUUGACUGUAUAUGAUGAGCAAAUAGGAGAAUUUCCCCAUCAGCUUUAGCCUUUAUAAGCAGGCAGGAAGGCAUAGAGUUGAGCAGAAAAAGUUUGGAUGCGGUCAGAAAUAAUAUCCUUCGUGGAGUGAAGUCGUGUUUCAAAGUGUUGAAAAUUAUGAAUUUCUCUGUUGUCCUGAGCAUUUUUGCUAUCCUCGUGAUUGACAAGGCAGAAGGUGCGCCUCCUAAUUGGUACACUAGUCCUGACUUCGGAAAUGAGUUAUCGAAGUACAUCAACGAGCAAGUUCAGCAGAGUUUGAGCGGUUUGAAGGGUCUGGAUAGGCUUCAAAAUUUGGGUUCUGAAAUUUCUCAAUCUGUGCAGACACAAUUGGACAAUGAGUUCUGGUUCAAAGGGGAAAAUGUCUGUGUUAAGGAAGAGGUGUCGGAAGUUCCCAGCUAUAAGUCAAACGUAAAUUACUAUUAUUCUACUGGAACCAUUGGAAUGCAAAACUCUCAAAUUUGCCAGGGAACAAAUAAUGUUUUCACCUGCACUAAAUUUGAAACUACCGAUGGCACAACUCGGAAGAUCACUAAAAUUUAUACAUGCUGUGAAAACUACAGUCUUGGCUAUAAUGGCGAGAAAAAGCGCUGCUUGAAAAAUAACUAAUUUCCACAUUUAAACCUGAUCGCCUUUCCUAAUGGAAUAUUUCAGACAAAUUGAGAGAUUUUUUUUGUCAUGCAAUAAAAUAAUGGAACAAU